AUGCUGGGCGAGCAUUGCCGCGUUCCGCCCAUGCUCUCCGCCUACGACUCCGACGCGCUCGACCUCUCGCAAUGCUCCGCACAGGGGGGAGAAAAAUCCGCCGUUUCCUUUUCCACGAAUCGCCUUGCCCUGUCCGCCCUACAAGCGGGCUCGAAAACGGCCAACGGCGGCAGGCUGUGCGAGCACCUGGAGGAGAAGAAGCGCUUAGCAGCUCGGCAGCAGGCGUGGCUAUGGCCGUGGUCGUCCGGCGGGCGUGAGAACGAUCGAGAAAAACGUUCUGCAAGUGCUGGUGUUGCUUCUUCCGCCGGAACGGCGGCGUUGGCGGGAGGGCCAUCUUUCGCCUACGUGACGUUGAUCACGGGGAAGAAUCUCGUCGCAUCCGCGAUCGUUUUCGCGCAGGCGUUGCGUGCGACUCGCACGCCGCACCACAUCGUGCUGAUGAUUGCCGACGGAGGAGAAAUGUCUACAGUGCCUCCUCAGCUACACGACUUUUUCGAUGCGGUUAUACGAGUGGAGUGGAUCCCGAACCCGUUCAAGGCGAUAUUUUUCACGAAGUUUCACGUUUGGCGAAUGGUGGAGUUCGCCAAAGUCGUGUACUUGGACGUGGAUACCCUGCCGCUCGCGAAUGUGGACCACUUCUUCGAGCGGCCCGAGAUCACCGGAGCGCCUGGAUUCUUCUUGGUCAACCAAUUCAACGCGGGUAUCAUGGUUGUCAAGCCGUCGCUGGACGAAAGUGGUAAUCCUGCAGAGGAUCUUCUCCUCACCAGUCCUUCACAUGAUCCGCCGACUCGGCCGUUUUCCUCCUCAUUAACAAUGCUCGUGUUCCUCCUUCCCCUUCCCUCUCUCCACCCGCCUCCCUUUCCCUCUCUUUCUCCCUUCCCUUCCCUCCUCUCCUCCCCUCUCGCCCCUCUCGCCCCUCUCGCCCCUCUCGCCCCUCUCUUCCCCCAGGCCACAUACGACGCGCUCCUGCGCAGCAUCGACGUGAUCGGCUCCGUGGAUCGCGGCGACCAGGGCUUCUUAAACGCCUUCUUCACGAACUACCCCAACCAGACGACGUCGCACCGCCUCCACUACCGUUAUAACGCCAUGCUGACGUACCCCGACCAGUACCCCCCUCCCCCAUGGUACGACCCGGAAAACGCACACGAGAUUCUUGGACCCGUCAUGAUUCUCCACUAUGGCGGCCCGUGGGGGAAGCCGGCAGGGUUCGGGAAGAUUAAACCCGUGUCGGGGCCGAAUGCGUGCACGCACCGCUGUUGGGAGAAGGGGCGGCAGCCGGUUACCAGGUGGUUGGCGAUGUGGUUCGAGUUGUCGCAGGCGUUGUUCGCGAAUUGCUGGCGUCCGCUGGAAAGGGCGAAAGUGGAGGCGUUGCUGGUUAACGGGUUGCCCAAUAAGGAGGACUACGAGUGGGUGCGCGUGGCGGGGCGCUCGAGGGGGCUGCUGGGGGAGGAGGCGCAGAUGCAGAACGCGCAAAGGGGACGGGUCGGGGGGAAAGCGGAGAGGGAAGCGAGGAGAGGGGAAGUGGGAGCGGUGGGUAAUUUGGCAGAGGGAGGGUGGGAGAAGGGGGUGGGGGAGGAGGAGGGGCAGCAGAUGGAGAAAAAGGCGGGGAAGGAGGGGGAGAAGGGGGAGAAGGUGCAAGCGGUUGUGGAGGUUCAGCGAGCGUCUAUGUGGAGACGACCUACCUUGGCAGCAGAAAUUGAUGUGGGGGUGGAGGAUGAUGAGGAGAUGGAUGCUGCUGCUACCGCUGAUGAUGCUGCUGUGGUUGCUGCGAGGAGCGCGAGGAAGAUGGUGUUUGCGACGGUGGUGGGUCCUGCGAGCGUGGAGCACGCAUACGCGUGGGCGAUGUCGUACGACAAGUACCACGAUCCUGCUCAGGUGGAGCAGCAGCUGCAGGGACAGCGCCGGCAGAACAGGAACAGAGGAGGAGACAGCGGCAACAGCAGCAGUCUGGCGGAGGAGCAGACGGAAGAGUUACUCCUGCUUACGCGGCACGACACGCUUGUCCUCGCGCUCUCCUCUGUUCCCGAACCAGCACUCGCGAAUCUUCGCCGGUUGUUCACGCAUGUUCGCGUGGUGGAGCCGAUUUCGGUAUGGGAAGGCAGAGGGAGGAGGGAGCUUGCGGAGGAGUUUGUCGUUUUGCAUCUUUGGAACCAGACGGAUUUUCGGAGGGUUGUUUAUGUCGACCCGCUUUCGCUCUUCAAGGAUAACUGUAACCACAUGUUCGGCGAGUUUCGCCCAUUCGCUGCCCCGCCGCUUCGCUUCCCGCCAGACAUGUUCUCUACCAGAGUGAUGCUGAUUCAACCGCACUCCGCAACUUUCCGCCACAUGGUUUCGGCGAUUGAGUUGGCCCCCUUGCGCCCGCAGCAGACGGUGUAUCUGGACCUGUUUCUAAACGCGUAUUAUGGGACCUGGUACAGGGAGAACACUCUGCACCGCAUGCCUUAUGAAUACGGGCUAAAUUUGUGGUUACGGCAGAGGUUGCAUCAGUACUACCCGCACCCUCGGAUUGUGAACUUUGAUGGGCGGUCCCCGUUGGAGACGGAGGAAUUAGACAGCUGGAAGGACUUUGACAAACGGAGGGGGAACAUGGGGCAGGAGUGGCUGGAUCUGCGCAAAGCUGCGCUUACUCAGCUGGAGAAAUUACUUUAG